CUUCUUUGUAUCUCUCAAUUUCUCAACCUUAACCAGCUUCUGUAAGAAGAGCAAAGAUGUCUAAACUUACCACCAUGUUCAUCCUAGCCCUCCUCCUCUGCUUCUCACUAUCCUACGCAGCUCGCCCCGUGCCAAACUCUCCCAUGAAAACCCAGCAUGAGGGUCUUGAAGCUCAGCACGUUGAGGCGGCCAUGGAAGAGAGCUGUGAAGGAGUGGGAGAAGAAGAGUGUUUGAUGAGAAGAACACUUGUAGCUCACGUUGACUACAUCUACACCCAGAAGCAGAACCCAUAGACCAUUUGCUCUGUUCAUUACCUUCUUAAUUAGCAAUAGAAAAUUAAUAUAAUAUUAUAGAACUUAGUAGUAUCAAUAAUAUGAUACUGUGAUGAUCAAAGAUAUGUGCAGUUUGGUUGUUUGGAAUUCACUGUACUAUAAAGCUCUGUUUCCUAAUAUUUUUAGAGAAGAUGAACGAUGUGGAGUUUUCUUUAUCUUAUUAUAAUUGAACAAACUCAUUCUGCA